AGAUCGUGUUCUCCAUAAACCUUCUAAUCUUUCCGACACAAUCUCAUCGGUCUCUAUCCACUUUCUCAUCAUUCACUCUCCUUAAAUACUUUACCAUGUGGUUUUCUCUUCGAAAAUACUCAUCCCAAACCCUAACCUGAAAAAGGUGACCCGAAAUGACUUCUCCCACCCGACCUGGCUUGCCCGUCUCUUGUCUCGUCCUGACACUACUGCUCUUCUUGAACUCGCCGGUCUUCGCUUCAAGUGGCGGCUACUAUGGCUACACACCUUCGGUCUCCGACUAUCUCCCGGCCACGCCACGUAGCGUCAUGAACCCUAUCGACUCGUGCUGGCGGCUCAAGCCCGACUGGGCCACGAACCGGCAAGACCUGGCCGAUUGUGCUGUCGGGUUCGGUUCCUCGGCUCUGGGAGGCAAAAACGGGAAGAUAUACGUGGUCACAAACCCUUCGGACGACGCACAAAACCCUAAACCGGGUACGUUACGGUACGGAGCGAUCCAAGACAAGCCCUUGUGGAUAAUUUUCGCCAAGGAUAUGGUCAUAACGUUAGAGAACGAGCUCAUGGUCAAUAGUUACAAGACGAUAGACGGGCGAGGGGCGAAGGUGGAGAUCACGUACGGGCCUUGUCUCACCAUACAAGACGUGAGCCACGUGAUCGUGCAUGGGAUCAGCAUUCACGACUGUAAACCGGGUAAGUCCGGUUUAGUGAGGAGCUCCACGACCCACAUCGGUCACCGUCAGGGCUCGGACGGCGACGCCAUUUCGGUUUUCGCAUCUUCGGAUAUUUGGAUCGAUCAUUGUUACCUCGCCAGCUGUGCGGACGGACUCAUAGACGUGAUCCAUGCCUCGACGAGAGUCACCAUCUCCAACAACUAUUUCACUCAGCAUGACAAAGUGAUGUUGCUUGGACACAGGGAUAGUUUCACGCAAGACGUGAACAUGAAAGUUACAGUGGCCUUCAACCAUUUUGGACCAGGACUCAUUGAGAGAAUGCCGAGGGUGAGACGAGGGUAUGCUCACGUGGCAAACAACAGGUAUGAUCAAUGGUUGAUGUAUGCGAUUGGUGGCAGUGCCAAUCCCACCAUUUUCAGUGAGGGUAACUAUUUCAUCGCCCCCGAUAACCAUAACAGCAAAGAGGUGACGAAGAGGGAAGUGAAAGGAGGGUGGCAGAAUUGGAAAUGGAGAACUUCGAAGGAUGUUUUCAAGAACGGAGCAUUCUUCAUACCGUCGGGCUAUGGAACCAUCGUGCCGCUCUACACAGGACCGCAGAGAUUCCCCGUGGCUCCGGGAAAUAUGGUCCCUUCCCUCACCUCCGACUCCGGCCCUCUCAGCUGCUACCGUGGCCGUCCAUGUUACUAGACAUAUAUAUCUGCUUUUGUGUGUGUAUGUGUGUAUACGUAUAUCCAGAUAUACAUACAUAUAGUAUAUACACAUAUAUAUAUGCAGUUGUGACACGUUUUUUUAAUUUUUUACUUUGUUUUUUUUUUUGUCUUGAGCUUUUGAUUUUCUCAUCUUCUGUGUUUUCUGGUAUGAAUUAGUGGAUAUGAAGGGUUGUGGAUUCGAUUA